AUGGGUAAACCGGACAAAGGGUUCACUUCAUCCCCGCAAAACCCUUUCCUUCUCUCUCUCUCUAGGGUUUUAUUACUGAACUAUAAGCUCAGCUUUCUCCCUGAACUUGAAAUAAUCAUGGCUUCAUUCAAGGUUUUUAGCAAAAAAUACAGAGUUCUAAUGGCUGCGGCCAAUUCCGCUGCUGCCUCCACUGCUAAAGCUAAAACAAUUACUGCUACAAAGGCCAAAUCUGGCAACGCUGGGAUACUCAAAGUCCAAAAUGUCUCCCCUACUCUCGCCAAGUUCAUCGGUUCCUCCGAAGCCUCGCGCUCUGGUGCCGUUAAGAAAAUCUGGGAGUACGUCAAAUCGCAUAACCUCCAGAACCCAGACAAUAAGAGAGAGAUUUACCGAGAUGACAUGCUGAAGACCAUUUUUGAUGGCAAGGACAAGGUUGAUUUUCCAGGAAUUGACCCCCAGUUGGUUCUGUAA